AUGGCAACCCCAAUAACACCUACACCAAUUGUGAGUGGAUCAUUCCCAACUAUGACAUACAUAACCAAGGAUCUACGGUUCUUCAGGAAAUUCAUUAACAACAAUGAUGCUACUUUAGAUGUUAUGACUCCUCAACAGUUACUUCUAGAACCACCACCCAAUAUUCCAAAUAACUGCUACAUGAGUACCAUUGCUUCUACUGAUACAUAUUGUGUUGGUAGUGCUAGCACUAGUAAUUUUGUUGCUCAAGAUGGUGACAUGACAUUCCAUUUCCCUCAUGUUCCUCUAAAGCCUUUUCAAUUAUCAUCCUCUUCAACAAUGGAUAGUAUUGUUUGCCCUAUAUAUACUGAUAUCGCUGAAUUGAAUCAUACCAAACUGGAUGUUACACAUAUUGGAAAUUCCACACGUGACAUUAAUCUAAUCCUGAAGCUACUUUCAAUGUCGAUGAUGGUGAACAAAAACAUAUGGGAGAUGAAACCACUGCUGUCAAUCAUAUGA